UAUUUUCAAUAUCAUUUUGACUAAGAAUAUGGAUUAUAUCACAUGUGAAUAAGGAUACAAUAAGCAAAUAAUUUACUGCUGCUUGAAUAUGCCAAAACCAAGGACAAAUGACAAAAAUCAACGAGAUCACUAUCCAUUCAUGGUUCACUCUUGGCCACAAAUUCAACAUAUCCUAAUCCCUUAACGAAAUCCAACUAGCUAGAAAAUAAAAUCUCCACGUUCGACCAUCGAUACAGUGGUCGCAUAACGUAGUUUUGGUUUGAAGAAAAAUGAAUCUAAAGGAUUCAAAGUUGAUUUGCUCUUUCAUACUGCUUAAUUUUCUUUUCUUCAGUUGUUUUGCAGCUGAUAAUCUCCCGUGCCCUCCAAAAUCUACUAUCCCACCUUCCUCUUCACCGCAGAAAUGCCCCAAAGACACGCUCAAGUUUGGUGUGUGUGGAAGUUGGUUAGGCUUGGUUAAAGAAGUAAUUGGGACAAAACCAAGUGAAGAGUGCUGCAUCCUUUUGAAAGGUCUCGCUGAUCUUGAAGCAGCACUGUGUUUGUGCACAGCUAUUAAAGCCAAUGUGUUGGGAGCUGUCAAGGUCAAAGUGCAUGUUGCUGUUAGUUUGCUUGUUAAUGCUUGUGGAAAGAAGGUUCCAUCUGGAUUUGUAUGUGCUUAGAAUUUAGAGAUACUGUCUCUGUCUUUUCGGUAUUUGUCAUAGUUGCUUUUAGUUAAAUAAUUUAAAUGCAUAUUGGACUUCAAUUUGUUUGGGGAUACUGAAGUUGACAAAGCUGUAUAUAUCUUCCGAACAUGUUGAACUCUAAAUUUGAUCAAUGUAUAAUUCGAUUCUUUACUUCCCCUGUAAUUAAUGUUGACAUGUUAAGAAAAGCAUCUAAUCAUGUGGUUCUCCUGUUUCA